CCCUGCGAUUCGAGUGGGAUGAAGCAUCCAAUACAAGUUAGAGAAUUUAUAUACAUAAAGAAUAAAUCCGUGAGGAAAAUAAACAGUGAUACCGUUGGAUCACGAAACGAGGAAAUAGCAGUGGUAGGACCAGAUUGUAGUUCGUGAGGAUCGGAUCCAAAAUGACUGAUCCAAAUCUAGAGUUACAAGAAUCAGGUUGGGAAGAACUUAGAAGAGAAGCAAGAAAGAUCGAAGGAGAUCUCGAUGUCAAACUCUCUUCUUAUGCCAAACUUGGCGCUCGAUUUACUACUCAAGGAGGAGGUUAUGUGGAAGUUGGUUCGCCAACAGUUGGAUCCAGUAGGUCAUGGAAAUCAAUGGAAAUGGAAAUUCAAUCUUCACUUGAGAAGUUACUCGAUAUCAAUGAUGCUAUGAGCAGAUGUGCUGCGGCGUCCGCUGCUACUUCAGUUACUCAAAAGCUAGCAAGGCAUAGAGAUAUACUUCAUGAGUUUACGCAGGAGUUUAGACGAAUCAAGGGAAACAUAAACUCAAUGAGGGAACAUGCUGAGCUUCUGAGUUCUGUCAGAGAUGAUAUUAGUGAGUACAAGGCAUCUGGUAGCAUGUCUCCAAGAGUGCAGUUGCUACGAGAAAGAGCUGCCAUCCACGGAAGCAUUGCUCAUAUAGAUGAUGUUAUUAAUCAAGCUCAAACGACCAGGGCUGUUUUGGGUUCUCAAAGGACUUUUUUUGGAGAUGUUCAAGGGAAAGUGAAGCUUCUAAGUGACAAAUUCCCGGUUAUCCGUGGCCUUCUUGGUUCUAUCAGGAGACGUCGAUCGAGAGACACGCUCAUUCUGUCUGCAGUCAUUGCUGCUUGUACAUUGUUUCUUAUCAUCUAUUGGCUUUCAAAAUAACGUACAAAUGCUAUUUACUGCUACAAAACUUACAAAACGAUAAUGCUCUUCCAAAUCAAUUUUGCUUCUGUAAUUUGUUAGGAUGGAUUAAGUUGUGUAUGCAUGCAUGUGGUACCAUUACGCCAAGGUAUACGUUUCGUAUGGGAUUUUGCUUGUUCCAAUCACAUGGCUAGAUGUUUAUUAAUGUUCA